UGCCGGCUGCCCGCGGGGCGGCGGGCGCACGAGGAGGGGCCAGCGGGGUGGGGAGGCGAGGGGCGGGGCCGGCGUCCUCGUCACUUGAUAAAAAGCCUGCGAGUCUCCGGAGAACAACGGGCUCAUUCAGCGAUCGCGAGCUGCCGGCGAGGGGGAGAGGCCGGGCUGGGAGCGCGACUCGUCCCGGGGGUGGGGCCGGGCGCGGUGGCGAGAGGAGAAGGUGGUGGCCGCGACAGCAGCGGCGCGGCAGCCUCGAACCCAGCUCGGAGCGCAGGGCGGCCGCUGCAGUUCCCCGCUCCCCUCCCGGUGCGCUUGUCGAUGGCGGCCGCCGGGCAGUUGUGGCUGCUCUACCUGUCCGCCGGGCUCCUGCCCUGGCUCGGCGCCGCCUUCAACUUGGACACCCGCGAGGACAAUGUGAUCCAGAAAACUGGGGAGCCCGGGAGCCUCUUCGGUUUCUCGCUGGCCAUGCACUGGCAGCUGCAGCCGGAGGACAAGCGGCUGCUGCUGGUGGGGGCUCCACGAGCAACAGCCCUCCCACUGCAGAGGGCCAACAGAACAGGCGGCUUGUACAGCUGUGACAUCACCUCCCCAAGCCCUUGCACACGGAUUGAAUUUGAUAAUGAAGCCGACCCUACGUCAGAAAGCAAGGAAGACCAGUGGAUGGGGGUCACUGUACAGAGUCAAGGCCCAGGGGGCAAAGUUGUGACAUGUGCUCAUCGAUAUGAAAAGAGGCAGCAUGUUAACACAAAGCAGGAAUCCCGAGACAUCUUUGGAAGGUGUUACGUCUUGAGCCAGAGUCUCAGAAUUGAAGAUGAUAUGGAUGGAGGAGACUGGAGUUUUUGCGAUGGCCGAUUGAGAGGCCAUGAAAAAUUUGGCUCUUGCCAGCAAGGUGUAGCGGCUACUUUUACUAAGGACUUUCACUACAUUGCGUUUGGAGCCCCGGGCACUUAUAACUGGAAAGGGAUUGUUCGUGUAGAACAAAAGAAUAACACUUUUUUUGACAUGAACAUCUUUGAAGAUGGGCCUUAUGAAGUUGGUGGAGAGACUGACCAUGAUGAAAGUCUAGUUCCAGUUCCUGCUAACAGUUACUUAGGCCUGCUGUUUCUGACCACCACUUCCUAUACAGAUCCUGAUCAGUUUGUUUAUAAAACACGGCCUCCCGGCAAGCAGCCCGACACCUCCCUUGAUGUGAUGAUGAAUAGCUACCUAGGCUUUUCUUUGGACUCAGGGAAAAACAUUGUUUCUAAAGAUGAGAUCACUUUUGUCUCUGGUGCUCCAAGAGCCAAUCAUAGUGGAGCUGUGGUUUUGCUUAAAAGAGAUAUCAAGUCUGCACAUCUAGUCCCCGAGUACAUAUUUGAUGGGGAAGGUCUGGCUUCUUCAUUCGGCUAUGAUGUGGCAGUGGUGGACCUUAACAAAGAUGGGUGGCAAGAUAUAGUUAUUGGAGCUCCACAGUAUUUUGACAGAGAUGGUGAAGUCGGAGGUGCAGCAUAUGUCUACAUUAACAAGCAAGGCAGAUGGAAUAAUGUCAAGCCAAUUCGCCUUAAUGGAACCAAAGAUUCUAUGUUUGGCAUUGCAGUUAAAAAUAUUGGAGAUAUUAAUCAAGAUGGCUACCCAGAUAUUGCAGUAGGAGCUCCCUAUGAUGAUAUGGGAAAAGUUUUUAUCUAUCAUGGAUCUGCGAAUGGGAUAAACACCAAGCCAACACAGGUUCUCGAGGGUAAAACACCUUAUUUUGGAUAUUCAAUUGCUGGAAAUAUGGAUCUCGAUAGAAAUUCCUACCCUGAUGUUGCUGUUGGUUCCCUCUCAGAUUCAGUAACCAUUUUCAGAUCUCGGCCAGUGAUUAACAUUCAGAAAACCAUCACAGUAACACCCAGCAGAAUUGAUCUCCACCAGAAAAUGUCUUGUGCGGCUCCGAGUGGGAUCUGCCUCAGGGUUAAGGCCUGUUUUGAAUAUACUGCCAAACCUGCUGGUUAUAAUCCUUCAAUAACCAUUGUGGGCACACUUGAGGCUGAAAAGGAAAGAAGAAAAUCGGGGCUGUCAUCAAGAGUGCAUUUUCAGAACCAAGGUCCUGAGCACAGAUAUACUCAGAAACUAACUCUGAACAGGCAGAAGCAGAAGACAUGCAUGGAGGAGACCCUCUGGCUGCAGGAAAAUAUCCGAGAUAAACUGCGUCCUAUUCCCAUCACUGCGUCAGUAGAGAUUCAAGAACCAAACACUCGGAGGCGGGUGAAUUCACUUCCAGAAGUUCUUCCAAUUCUCAACUCAAACGAACCCAAGACAGCUCAUACGGAUGUACACUUCCUAAAAGAGGGGUGUGGAGAUGACAAUGUAUGUAACAGCAACCUUAAACUGGAAUAUAAAUUCUGUACCCGAGAAGGAAAUCAAGACAAGUUUUCUUAUUUACCCAUUCAGAAAGGCAUACCAGAACUCGUUCUAAAAGACCAGAGGGACAUAGCGCUAGAAAUCACAGUGACAAACAGCCCUUCCAGCGCAAGGGAUCCCACAAGAGAUGGCGAUGACGCUCAUGAAGCCAAACUCAUCGCGACAUUUCCAGAUACGUUGACUUAUUCUGCAUAUCGAGAAGUGAGGGCUUUCCCCGAAAAACAAUUGAGUUGUAUUGCCAACCAGAAUGGCUCGCAAGCAGACUGUGAGCUUGGAAACCCUUUUAAAAGAAACUCCAAUGUUACUUUUUAUUUGAUCUUAAGUACAACUGAGCUCACCUUUGACACCACAGAUCUGGAUAUUAAUCUGAAGUUGGAAACGACAAGCAAUCAAGAUAAUUUGGCUUCAAUUACAGCGAAAGCCAAAGUGGUUAUCGAACUGCUUUUAUCCGUCUCUGGAGUUGCUAAACCUUCCCAGGUAUAUUUUGGAGGUACAGUUCUCGGUGAGCAAGCUAUGAAAUCGGAAGAUGAAGUGGGAAGUUUAAUAGAGUAUGAGUUUAAUGUAAUUAACUUAGGCAAACCUCUUAGAAACCUCGGCACAGCAACCUUGAAUAUCCAGUGGCCAAAAGAAAUUAGCAAUGGCAAAUGGUUGCUUUAUUUGGUAAAAGUAGAAUCCAAAGGACUGGAAGAGAUAGCUUGUGAGCCACAGAAUGAAAUAAACCUUCUAAACCUAAAGGAGUCUCACAACUCAAGAAGGAAACGAGAAAUCGCCGAAAAACAGAUAGAUGACAGCAGAAAGUUUUCUUUGUUUGCUGAAAGAAAGUACCAGACCCUUAACUGCAGUGUAAACGUGAACUGUGUGAACAUCAAAUGUCCGCUGAGGGGACUGGACAGCAAGGCCUCUGUGGUUCUGCGCUCCAGGUUAUGGAACAGCACAUUUCUAGAGGAAUAUUCCAAAAUGAACUACCUGGACAUUCUUGUCCGGGCUUCCAUUGAUGUGAUUGCUGCCACUGACAACAUCAAGCUGCCGAACGCAGGCACACAGGUUCGUGUGACUGUGUUUCCUUCAAAAACUGCAGCUCAAUAUUCAGGAGUUCCCUGGUGGAUCAUCUUAGUGGCUGUUAUUGCUGGAAUAUUGAUGCUUGCUUUAUUAGUGUUUUUACUAUGGAAGUGUGGAUUCUUUAAACGCUCUAGGUACGAUGACAGCGUUCCCCGAUACCAUGCUGUCAGAAUCCGGAAAGAAGAACGAGAGAUCAAAGAUGAAAAAUACGAUAGCCUUGAAAAAAAACAGUGGAUCACAAGGUGGAAUGAGAAUGAAAGCUACUCCUAGAGAAGCCGAACAGACUUCACAGCACCCAGACUGCCUUUUUUAAAAAAAAAUCUAACUCAGAGAUUCGAGUGGCUUAAAAAAAAAAAAAAAAAAAAAACCCUAUUCAAUACCUGGCUGUUGAUUUCAGAAAAACGACAUAAUAGUCCGAACCUACAGUUUCACCUCUGGACAUAGUUAAAUGUCCUAAGGCUAGGGCUCCUGUUUUGCACGACCAAAUUUAAAGAUUGUUGAAAUGGAUUUUUUUUUUUCUUGAACUGCCUUUGAUUUUGGUGUGGCUGACUUACAUGUGCUAGCAGAGGGCCCGCCCAGUCGAGCCUGCAGCUACACUAGUAUAGCUGGAAGAAGGCACCGGCCGUCACCAUCCUAACCCCGUGACUGCCUCUGGAGACAUUCUUCCCAUAGGACCGGAGAACACACCACUUUGUUGUCUCAAGUGACAAGACUUUGCCAGCCGGGUAGUUGUGUGUCCACUUAAAGUGCUAUCUGAAAUUAAAUGUGCAAUAGGAGGUAAUAUUGCCAUGCUGCCAUCUUUCUCCAUCUGCUGAAUGGGUGAAACAUGCUCACACCAGAUACACAAAGGUUUCAUUGUCCGUUUUCACUAAUACACACAGGCACAACAGACUUGAAUGAUAUACUUAUUUGUGUAUGAUAUUUAUUUUUUUUCUUUCUACAAACCGUUUUGUUACUAACAAACCAAAGACUCUCCUUUACCCUCCAGGCUGGAUUAAACAAUCAGAACAUGGGAGGUCAUUGAUUUGACCAAAGUUACUGAAAAAAAAAUAAAGAAAAUAACUCUUUAUAAAUAUACCAGAGAAUUAUCACUGACAGAUAGAUUUAAGUUAUUGAAAUAUCUACCUUUAUCACAUCUUUACCCCCUCUCUUCAAACCCAAGUGGUUUGUUUAAGAAAUAGGAAUGUUAAAGAGACUUAACUGUUGACCAGAUACUGAAUAUUUUUAGUUGAGAGCCCUGUGUGGUAUUUCUGACUUUCAUGCUCUAACUUUCAGGAACUCUUGGAAAUAAUGGGUUUGUAUAUUGAACAUAAAUAGAGUUUUGUCACUGCUGCAAAUACUGUAUAUUCAGGACUUUAAAGAAAUAGUGAGUUUCUGCAGUGACUCCAAACUGAUCCAGUGUAAGACUACUGAAUAGCUGACACCAAAUGUCAGAUAAGUCGAAUAUCACAGCUUCUGACUUUUUUUGGAACCAUUUCAUCAGUGUCCUAGUUUUUUAGCUUUGCUUCCUCCCAUCUCUAUAUUCUCAGACUUAUUUUGAGACUACUCUUAACAGGAAUUUUAUUUACAGUGGUUUUAAUUGUAAAAAUGGCUGGGAGAGAGAGACAUUGUUUCUGUCCAUUCAGUGGAGCCUGAGAAGAUAAGAGAGCUAAGUUUUUAAUUAUUGUGCUUCAGAAUGUUAACUUAUAUGGGGACAAUAGCAAACCAGGUGCUAAUUUGUUUGGAUUCAGUGCAAGCAGUGUCUCAAUCUUUUAAAAGGAAAUCACAGAGCUUCGUGUACCAUUGUUGCAUUGAAGUUUGGGUUGUUCUUUUUCCUUACAGAAAUCACAUGCCCUUAAGAUACUAAGGACACUAUUCAAGAUGUACUUUGGAAUUUUCAUUCCCAAAAAGUUUUGCAAAUGAUAUUUUGUUUACAAAAACUUGGCUGAAAUUGGUCGUAACUUUAAAAAUCUCAGUUUCUUGCUUAGGUAGCUUGGAACCUUAUGCAUUGGCUUUAUAGUUUGCUAAGAAACUGAUAUUUUGAAAGUGUUUCUAGACCUUGGUUAUUAAAAAACGAAUGUCCUGAAAAGGGAAGGGAGGGUGGGCUACAAAGUAAUUACCAACAAGAAGCAAGAAUGUAAUGUUUAAAUUUAUAGUUGUUAAAAAUGUCAUCUCAAGUCAAGUCACUGGUCUGUUUGCAUUUGAUACAUUUUUAUACUAACUAGCAUUGUAAAAUGAUUCCAUCAUUAGAAAAUGCCUGUGGAUAUUUGUAUAAAAAGUGUGAAAUAAAUUUUUU